AUGAGGCUAAAGUCGAUCCGUGUGCCUGGGACACGCCGAAAUCAUGUGUCACGCAAUACGAGUGGAUUGCGCAUGAUCGAGCAGAUGUUAGUACCGCCGGCGACGAAUGAAAACAGCGAAAUGCGUCGAUUUCGUGAAACUUUACCAACCUACAAAUAUCGCGGUGAAAUUCUGAAAGCAAUCCGAAAUCAUAAAGUGACGCUGAUCACUGGUGGCACU